UGGGAUUGCCCCGCAGUCCCCGGAGGGGGUGGGGGUGGCUGAGGUCCUUGACUUAACUUGGGCCCAUUUCUGACUCCAGUUGCCUUCCUGUUAUUUUAUGUAGGAAAAAGGAUGUGACAGUGCCUUCAGGGAAAAUGGCUGUCGUUGGGGGUGGAAAUGCAUCGGGGAGGGGGCUCUUUUGCUCCCCUGGUUUUCCCUACUCCGUCGCCCCGCCUCCUCCCUGUCGCGUGGUUCGAAAGGGGUGUGGUUUUUGCUGGGAAAAUGGCGGACCACUGGAGGUGGGGGCUGCGGAGUGGGUGAAUGCACGCCGGCAAGAAGAGGGCUGAUGUCAGCGGAGUCCUGAGAAUAGGGGUUGCAGGACACAGUGGACUUCCAGGCAAGGAAAAGAAGGAAGAAACUGCCUGUACCUGUGCUGCUGGAUGUGGGGGUGCCACUACCCCAAGACAUCUGGAGGGGUAGGGGAGGUUCCACUGUAUCUGCAAGCUGCAACCGGGCCUGCCAGCUGUAGCUGAAGACUCCGCCCCCAACAUAGGAGCAACCCCACUCUACCCUGGUUGAAAAUUUGGUUCAGAAGUUCACCCCAGCAUGGGCCGUACUCGGGAAGCUGGCUGCGUGGCCGCUGGUGUGGUGAUUGGGGCUGGCGCCUGCUACUGCGUGUACAGGCUGACCUGGGGAAGAGAUGAGAACGAGAAAAUCUGGGACGACAAUGAGGAAGAUGAUGAAGAAGAAUCUAGUGAUAUUGUAGAGACUGGUGUCCAGACUGGGAAAGGAGCUAAGGCUAAUGCUGGGGUGGGGGCUGGGGCUAGACUUCAGGAUGAAUCAAAGGUCAAGGCUGAGGUGGGCAUGGAACUCCAGAAUGGUUCAGAUGUAAAGGCAGAGGCCCACUUGGGGGCUCAGAGUGGAGGUGGCCUAGAGGCCAAGGCCAAAGCCCUUUUCAGCACUCUGAAGGAACAGGCAAGUGCAAAGGCCAGCAGAGGAGCCAGGUUGGGCACUAUCUCUGGGAAUAGGACCCUUGCACCCAGUUUACCCUGCCCAGGAGGCCGGGGUGGAGGCUGCCACCCCACCAGGAGUGGGGCUAGGUCUGGAAGUAGGGCAAGUGGAAAAACCAAGGGAAGGACCCGAGGUAAGAGCACCAGGACUCCAGCUACAUCAUGGCCUGUUCGCAGGGGCAAGUUUAACUUUCCCUAUAAAAUUGAUGAUAUUCUGGGUGCUUCUGACCUUCAAAAGGUUCUUAACAUCCUGGAACGAUCAAAUGAUCCUUUUAUUCAAGAAAUAGCCUUGGUCACUCUGGGUAACAAUGCAGCAUAUUCUUUUAACCAAAAUGCCAUUCGUGAAUUGGGUGGUCUUCCAAUUAUUGCAAAACUGAUAAAAACAAAAGAUCCUAUUAUUAGGGAAAAAGCUUACAAUGCUCUUAAUAACUUGAGUGUGAAUGCUGAAAAUCAGGGGAAGAUUAAGACAUAUAUCAGUCAAGUGUGUGAUGAUACCAUGAUCUGUCGCUUGGAUUCAGCUGUGCAGAUGGCUGGACUAAGACUGUUAACCAACAUGACUGUGACUAAUCAUUACCAACAUUUGCUUUCCUAUUCUUUUCCAGACUUUUUUGCUUUGUUAUUCCUGGGAAAUUACUUCACCAAGAUUCAGAUUAUGAAACUAAUUAUAAACUUUACUGAAAAUCCAGCCAUGACGAGAGAGCUGGUCAGUUGUAAAGUUCCCUCAGAAUUGAUUUCCCUCUUUAAUAAAGAAUGGGACAGAGAGAUUCUUCUUAAUAUCCUUACUCUAUUUGAGAAUAUAAAUGACAACAUAAAAAAUGAAGGGCUCGCAUCAUCUAAGAAGGAAUUCAGCAGAAGUUCACUUUUUUUCUUAUUCAAAGAAUCUGGAGUAUGUGUUAAGAAAAUCAAGGCAUUAGCAAAUCACAAUGAUCUGGUGGUGAAAGUAAAAGUCCUAAAAGUAUUGACCAAACUCUAAUUUGGAGUAUGGCCCAAACAAUAUUGAGAUAAUUUUUCACUGUGCACUGGGAACAAUGCAUUUUGUAAAUUCUUUGUUUUCCACUGUGCUUACAUGACAAUGAGAUCCUUUUGGCUCCUACUCUGGAAUAAUGAAUAUCAAGAGUCAUCGGUGAUGUUACUUGUGGCUGGUUUCAGUAUGGAGCAUUUUAAUGAUUUAUUGAAUACUAGAGCUUGUGUAAAGAAAGCAUUUAUUGAUUCCAUCUUGCUACCUAGAUUGAGAUAUUUUUUACUCUUUCCUCUACCUAAACUGACAGCAGACUAAUCAUAAAUAAGCUACACUUUUGUAUUGGUUUACAUUUGUUAAUCUUCGACUUGUGUUUCAUCAAUAAAGUGGUGUGUUUUAACCAGCAAAAAAAAA